GGCAGGUCAAAAGGACCCUGUGUGAACCACCAGGAUCAUUGGGCUCUGUUGUUAUCAUCAUCGUUGGUAACUAGUUAGUUGUUUGAACAAGACCAUCAUCAUUAUCACUCUCCCUAUCGCUAACCACCACCAUUACUACCACCAAUUGACCCUUUUUUUUUCCAACUCCUAUCCUGACAAAAUAUACAAACACCAUGGCUAUUUCCUACGAACCGCCCCGGGGGGACGUUGUUGCCGCCCUCAACUUCUACUCCCCGCCAGAAGACGGCUCGGCGCCGUACAACCUCGCUGGUGACCAUCCACCCGGACUUCCCCUUCGUAACUUCGGCUCCGUCGCCCACGACGUCCUCAUCCGCGACAUCCGGGGCAAGGAGUCGUCCUUCAACCUCGACAACGACGCCUUCCAGAUCAUCCAGAACCUGCCUCCUUCCGCCGAACCCUCCUUCACAGACGACGAAUCCAUCCAAAAGAACUACUACCCCGAGGUCGAGCGCCUUCUCCUCGACACCGUCCCGGGCGCAUUCAAGGUCGUCAUCUUUGACCACACGAUCCGCCGCCCCAACGGCAAGAGGCAGCCCGUGCCGCGGGUGCACAUCGACCAGACGGCGCGCUCCGUCGCCCAGCGCGUCCGCCGCCACGCCUCCUCCCCGGAGGAGGCCGAGCACCUGCUCUCCUCCUCCCGCUACCGCAUCAUCAACGUCUGGCGCCCGCUCAACAAGGGCCCCGUCGAGUCCAACCCGCUUGCCUUCGCCAGCUCCUCCACCCUCCGCGACGAGGACGUCGUCCCUGUAGAGCACCGUUACCCAGCCGAGGUAGGCUACGUCGGGCAGACGGCCGCUAUCCGAUACCAUCCCGACCAAAAGUGGUACUAUCUGAGCGGCAUGACCGGGGACGAGAGGAUCCUGCUCGAGUGCUUCGACAGCGAGGGCCUCAAGGAGGGCAGCGCCGUGAAAGGGGGGAGGGUGGCGCACACUGCCUUUGACGAUCCGAGGACGAGGGAGGGAGCCGAAGGGAGGGAGAGCAUCGAGGUGCGGGCGCUCGUCUUUGGGUCUUAACAUGUCAACUGUGAUAGAAAGGGAACGGCGGGAGUCGAAUCUCGUCCUCGGUAGCAUUGAGCAAGCAAAGAAAACUUGAUCAAGACUUGAGAGCAUAAGAAAAAACAACAUCAACAAA